AUGUGUAACAAAUUCAGAGGUCCGGGAUUGAAAAUUAAAGAUUUGAGGAAGGAGUUGGGGAAUAUUCAAAUGAAAAUUGAUCAAGAGCCUUAUAAUGCUAAAUAUAGGGAGGAUAAUGCUAAUAUUCUUUUUGAAUAUAAUGUUGCUUGUAAUGAUGAAGAAAAGCUGCUUUCUCAAAGAACUAAGAUCAAAUGGAAUAACAGGAAUCGAAUUUUGAUGGUGCUUGAUGAGGAUGGAAGAUGGGUUAGGGGGAAUUCGAUGAAGGAAAAAUUUGUUAAUCAUUUUAAGAAUUUCUUGGGAUGUGAAGAUGACACAGAUUUAUCUAUUCUUAAUGAAAUUUCUUUUCAUAAUAAGUUGAAUAGAAAUGUGGCCAUGAAUAUGAUAAGGGUAGUUACUGAUGAUGAAGUUAAAGUGGCUAUGUUCGAUAUUGCUGAUAACCAUGCCCCUGGACCUGAUAGGUUUUCUUCUAAAUUCUUUAAGUGUGCUUGGAAUAUUGUUGGGCCUGAGUGUAUCAACAAAAUAAUUGUUAACAUGAUAAGGAACAAUUUAGGUGAUAUUGUUAGCAAGAAUCAAUCUGCCUUUAUUCAAGGAAGAUCAAUUCUUGAUAAUAUUCUGCUUGCUCAAGAAUUGAUGGUGAGGUAUAAAAAUAAGAAAGGAAGGCCAAAAUGCACCUUAAAGAUUGAUAUACAAAAGGCGUAUGACACUGUGGAUUGGAAAUUUCUUAAGAGGAUCCUGUUGGAAUUUGGAUUUCAUCCGAUCAUGGUUAAUUGGAUUAUGGCAUGUACUUCUUCUACAUGGUUUAUGCUGAAUUUUAAUGGAGAAGAUCAUGGAUAUUUUGAAGGAAAAAGGGGGCUGCGACAAGGAGAUCCUUUAUCUCCUUACUUGUUCACUUUGGUUAUGGAGGUUUUCAAUUUAUUAUUGCUGAAGAAAAUUGAUGAUAGCAAUAGAUUCAAAUAUCAUUGCAAAUGUGAAAAUCAGAAAAUUACUCAUUUAUGUUUUGCAGAUGACUUACUUGUGUUUGCUUAUGGCAAUGGGAAUUCUGCGAGAGUGAUAAAGUCUGCUCUUGAUGACUUUAAAACUGUUUCGGGGCUGAAAGCAAGUAUGGAGAAGAGUCAGAUUUACUUUAGUUGUGUGAAGCCAAACAUGAGAAGGAUUAUUGUGGGUAUUUUACCUUUUGAUAUUGUGUAUAAUUGGAAAAAUAAGAUACUUUCUUUUGCUGGAAGAUUACAGCUCAUAAAUUCUGUGUUGGCUUCAACUCAUGUUUAUUGGGCUUCUAUAUUCAAAAUUCCUAUUGCUACUAUUAAGGAGAUUGAAUCGAUUUGUAGGAGUUUCUUGUGGGCUAAAGGAGAAGUGGUCAAAGGGAAAGCCAAGGUUAAAUGGAGUGAUGUUUGUAAACCAAAGAUAAAUGGAGGUCUUGGAAUUAAGAACUUGAGAUUCUGGAAUGAUGCUUUGUUAUCCAAGCAUGAUAUAUGGCAAAAGAAAAGUAUGAAUUGGACUUGGAAGAGAUUUUUGGAAUUGAGGAAAAUUAUUAGACCUCAUGUUGUUUCUUGUAUUGGAAAUGGGAGGAAAACUUCAUUGUGGCAUGAUUGGUGGCAUCCAAUUGGUAUUUUAAGUACAAUUAUUGCUAGGAGGGAUUGGAUUAGAAAUGGUUUUAAUGAUAAUUCUUUAGUCAGUGAUGUUAUGAAUAAUGAUUCUUAUGCUUGGCCCUUUGAUUGGGUAAAUAAGUUUCCUGGAUUGAUUGAUGGGCCCAUGUUCUGCAAUAUUGGAAAUAAUAGGGAUAUGAUUGUUUGGAGGGAUAUGAAAGGCUUGAGUAAGAAAUUUUCUUGCAAACAAGUUUGGAGAGAUAUUAAUAAUUUUGGAGACAAGAAGCCGGCGUUUCCCGUGAUUCAGAAAGAGGGGAUGUUAUCUAUAUUGGAGGGCAGUCCUUGGUUGUUGUUCAAUAAUAUGCCUUUAUUCCUUCAAAGGUGGAGACCAGAAUUGACUUUAACUAAGAAUAGGCAUGAUAAAAUUCCGGUGUGGAUUAAUUUUUUUUUACCUUUGGAAGUAUGGAGUGGUGAAAAUUUGUGUAUCAUUGCUAGCAAGAUAGGGAUUCCAUUGGCUUUUGACUCUUUUACAGAGGAUAUGUGUUUGGAACAUAAAGGUAGAAAUGCUUAUGCUUGA